GGCAACUGAACAACACACCGCAAACCCCGUAUACAACAAAAGGCCUCGCCGCGCCAGAUAUGUUGCCUACUUUCAGAUCGGAACCAGACCGUGUCCCAUUCCUGUGAACCGUGCUUCCGUCGUCAAAGGGACCACAUCGUACCAGAUGCAAUCAUUAGUCCUUCCUCCUUCCUCCUUCAUCACUACUGAGUUUGGACACCCCAGGUUCAAUCCGGGCCCGGACCGGCCUCCGUUGAAUCUGUCUCGGUCGACAAAUGCUCGUCGGUAUACCCCCGGGACUUACCUCUCCCUCGCUCUAUGUCCGGCUCGGUCCCAGGAGAGGACCCGCUGGACACUGCUGGGACCGCCAGGCGCUCCGCUCAUCACGAAAUCCUCCAGCCAGUGACAACCGUGGCAGCCGCGACAGCAUCGACUUCCGUAUCCGCUGGGCUGGCGGGUCCAGUCCUCCCUCCAGGAUCGGCCGGGGUCGCCGCAACGCAUGACGCCGUGGUGCAGCGCAUGGUGUCCGCGCCCGGCGAUGAAACCCUGCGCCAAACCUUCGGCAUCAGCGAUUCGUUUCCCUCGUCGCGACUUCCCCCCUCCCUGACAGCCCAAGGCAUAUCACAGCCUGCCGCCUCUGCGUAUGCGCAACCCUCCUUUGGAACCUCUCCGCCCGGGACGACUGCCCGGCCGUUGCCGCAAAAGCCGACGCGACGCACCAAGGCCCAUGUCGCAUCGGCAUGCGUCAACUGCAAAAAGAAGCACCUGGGAUGCGAUCCCGCACGCCCGUGUCGGAGAUGCGUUCUGUCCGGGAAAGAAGCAACAUGUGUCGACGUUACGCACAAGAAACGAGGACGACCGCCCUUGAAAGCAGAGGAAGCAUCUCUGAGAACGUAUGCGGCUCACAUGGACAACCGAGUGACAUCAGGAGAGCCACACGGAUCCCAAUCCAGACGCAGCUUGCAUAGAGCCACAUCUUCUCGAGAAAUCCGUCCCAUGACAGACCUUCAGAUUCCGGGCGGGCAACCUGGGGCCAUGGCUAUGAGGGCCUCAGCCGGACAUCCACAAAGAUGGACCGCUUCUAUGUACCCCCAGGCGAUCGAUCCUGCGAUUACGAUGCAAAGGAACAUGGGUCAUAGGCGAUUUUCUUCUUCUGGCUCCGUGCAGUCCUUGACUGCGGCUUCGCCACCCAGCUAUGUUCCAAUGCCGAUGCCUGGUGGAUACAACCCAGCCCUGGCGGCAAGUCGCAUGCCUAUGGGCGUGGGAAGACCACUUUCGUCUUACGCGCCUCAGGGGAUGAAUCCUUCCACGACGCCCCCGCAGUAUCAGCAAUCGUACGUUCCGAUUUCACCGUACCCGGAGAGUACCCGCAUGCAGACGCGGAUGCCGAUGGGAGAAUCCCCCAUGUCUCGAGAUCCUCGUGAAGGCUAUUUGGAGUCCCCGGUGAGGCUUCCACCCAUUUACCCACCCACGAUGGGAACACCGGCAUCUGCGCCACAGGGGCACCGCUUGAGCGAUCCGUAUUCGGCCCCGUGGUCUCCGCGCACGCGAGAGGAGCUUCUCCAGCAGGAGCACCGUCCCCCGAUGCCGGCACACGGUAUGAUCGAACCGAUAUCUCCCAACAGUCAAAUGCGUCAAGGAAUGUCCGACUAUGGGUACGGGGAACCAAUUCACCGACAAUUGGGACACAUGGGCUCUGCCGCCACGGAUAGACACUCGCUGCAACUGUCACCCGUACACACUCACGACGAACCGUCAGGCGCUGAUGCGGAUCCGGGAGACUCUCGACCGACCAAACGGCGCAAAAUGGCCCUGGAUGACAUGGUGAAUGAUUAGCCACUUAUCCACACUUCACCUCGAGAUCCCGGUCGAGGUUAGCACACUUCUUUCUUUUUCUUCACUUGAGCCAUUGAUUCAAGGCUUGUAGCGGGAUCUACAACUAUAAUGAUCUUAAUGUACACUUUCCUUUGUGGUGCGGUGGGUGCUCUCCUACAGUCCCUGACAUUCAACACGCCCA